UGUAAGGGCGGCAGCGGAGAAGAAAAUUCACGAAUUUAGGAAUCACGGUCUCCGUGACCGUCACUUCGGAGAGAUAGUCAUCAGCGGGGCGGUCCCGCCGCGUGGAUGGUGGCGGGCGAAUGGGGCUAUGCGCCGGUGCCGGCCACACCCGCCAUGAACGCGUUCUUGGAGACCAACCAUGCGCACCUCGCCUCCUACGGGCUGAAGAUGUCGCCGCAGCCGGGGUGCGGCGUCGGGCCGCAACACCGCGCGGCCGCACCCCAUCCGCCGCCACCGCACCAUCCGUCGCACUACCAGCCGUACCCGCUGCACUCCUACCAGCCGGGAUACCUGCGCGAGUACGGCGGCUGCGGGGAGCUGUUCUCGCAGCAGCCGCUGGAGCAGAGCUGGGACUGGCGCGGCGACGUGCACUACCAGGGCGGAGCGCCGCCGCUCGUGCCGCACGCCCACGCGCACGCGCCGCACGCGUUCCUGCGCUACGUGCGCGCCCCGCCGCGCCGCGACAUGCGAUGUCAGUGGCUGGACCCCGAGCAGCCUCCGCCGCGGAAACUGUGCAACAAACUAUUCUCGAGCAUGCACGAGAUUGUGACGCAUUUAACGGUGGAACAUGUGGGUGGACCGGAGUGCACGACGCAUGCCUGCUUUUGGCAGGGCUGCUCGAGGAACGGUCGACCCUUCAAAGCGAAGUACAAGCUAGUGAACCACAUCCGUGUCCACACAGGAGAGAAGCCCUUUCCCUGCCCUUUCCCUGGAUGCGGGAAGGUGUUCGCGAGAUCUGAAAAUUUGAAGAUACAUAAAAGAACUCACACGGGUGAAAAGCCAUUCAAAUGUGAAUACGCGGGCUGCGACCGCCGAUUCGCCAACUCCUCGGACAGGAAGAAGCAUUCGCACGUGCACACGUCGGACAAGCCCUACAACUGCCGCGUGCACGGCUGCGACAAGUCCUACACGCAUCCAUCUUCUCUGCGGAAGCAUAUGAAGGUGCACGGGGCGGCCGGCGACGCGUCGCCGCGGUACGACAGCGAUGGAGACGAUUCCUCAUCCGCGGGAAGCGUCAGCGUCACGGCCGGUGCAGCCAGCCCGCCAGCGCCCAUACCCCCACCGCCUCCCCAAGCGACCACCCUACACCCACACCAUCACCCCACGAUAACAGAUAAACUAGAGAGCCUUAACGAUAAAUACCUUAAUCCUCACGACCAUAAGUCGUACGAGCGCCCGCCGGCGCCACCUCAUCACAACCAACCUCCUCACCUUACGAAUAUCGGGGGUAACGGUAUGAUGGAUAACAAAUUAGGCUUCAGUGGGCACUGGAGCCAGUUCCAACAACCCGCGCCCACUGUUCCUCAUGCGGUACCGGAGUGGUGGUGCCCCACGCAAGAGUCCUAUCACCACCACCAUUUGAUGCACCACUCCGGCGCCGCCGCCGCUUAUUGACCGCACCGCGCUUAGUAAACUCUUCAUUCGACGCGGAGUAGCUACCUACACCUACCUGCCAUGUGCCUGACGCCCAUCUUAUGUUUUUGCACUCAAGUCCGCCUAAACUAAAAUAAAAUUUAACGGGCUUUCAAAAUGUUACAUUAUGCUCAAGAUUUUGACUAUCUACGUGGAAUGAAAAGUUCACUAAAGCGCUUUCUAUUAUGCUUUUAAGAAUGCGAUACGCUUAUUAAUAAAAUAGUCGAUAGUAGGUAAUUUUCUGAUCCGUUUUGAAAAAGAUUUCCUCUCAAUGCCAGAA